UGACAGAUAAUUGUCUUAGGCUGGUACUUUAUUUUUAUGUCAUUUAAUAAAAUAUAUAUAAAAAUAUUUAUGCCAAAAGUUUAGAAUACUUCGUCACCAUGUUUAGUAUUUACCAGCUUUAGUAAGCACAUAUUACUCUCAAAUUUGAGCUUUCAAUAAUAAUCUUAUUAAGAAAUCAUACUUGUAACCGAAAAUGGAAGUCCCGGAGGAGUUUUCAUUUAGUUGUUUUAGUACCUGUUUCUGAGGCAUUUCUGUCCUGCCUUUGAAGUUUCCUGUAUCAGAAAGGAUCCUCUUUAGACCAGUUUUUCAAAACAUAAACACAUAAAAACCAUGCGUUCAGUUAGUUCUCCACCUGGCAUGCCUCCUCUGACAACUUCUAAUACUGAACCUACUAAAAUUCCUUCCUAUAAUAAACCUUUAUCUUCUGUUGAUUCUAACAUCAAACAAACAAAAGAUUGCAGACGUAGACAUACAAGUGUCCUUGUACCAAGUAGUUCUUAUAUUUCUGAAUUAUCUUCUUCUCCUAUAUCUCCUGUACUUCCUGAUUUGAAACAUGAAGACAGCUCUGUGUUCUUUUCAAGAACGUAUUCAUCCCAUUCUUUCGAUACUAUUGCGACUUUCACAAACCAAAGCCCUUUUUUGAAUCACGGCCAUGAUAUCAGUGGGGAUCAUCCGAUGACACCACGGUAUUCAGAGGUCUCAAGCACACCUAGUACUUCACCAAAGGGUGACAUGACUGUGGAGCCUUCAUCUGCUUCAAAAUUUGACAAACGAGAAUCUUACAAAGCACAACGAAAAAAUUAUCGAAGAGAAAAGAAACGUGUUGCAAAGGAAUUAUCUACUACUCUUAAAGACCCCUCUAUUAUAGUUUUGGCAGAUUGGCUCAAAGUGCGUGGAAGUUUGAAAGGGUGGACAAAAUUAUGGUGUGUCUUGAAGCCUGGAUUACUGCUGUUGUACAAAAGCCCAAAGACCCAUAAGAGUAGUCAGUGGGUUGGCACUGUUCUGUUAAAUGCAUGUGAACUUAUAGAAAGACCUUCUAAGAAAGAUGGAUUCUGCUUUAAACUUUAUCACCCUCUGGAACAGUCCAUUUGGGCUUCCAAGGGGCCAAAAGGUGAAACGAUUGGUGCUCUUGUCCAGCCACUACCUGUGGCACAUCUGAUAUUCCGAGCACCAUCUGAGCAGGCUGGAAAAUGUUGGAUGGAUGCAUUGGAACUUGCAUUGAGAUGUUCCUCAUUGUUGAUGAGAACUAUGAGUGGUAAAGAGACCCAAACUUCUUCACUUCAAGGAUUACCACCAAGUACUUCAUCUUCUCAGGAACCUCUCCCAUCAUGGAAAGAAGUUGAUCCAGAAAAGCAUUUUCAGGAUCAUGGCUUAGAUGAUGAUGUUCACACUGAUGACAAUAGGGAAGUUGAUAUUGAUGGUACUCAUAGUAUACAUUCUACUGAUUCUGAAUCAGAAGCUCGUCCAGUAGAAGAUGUUGAAAUUCCACCUGCAGAAACCCCAUAUAUUCCAAAUGGGCAGGAAGAAUUCGGAUUGGCAAGGGAUGCAGGUCAAACGGAAGAAGUUGCUGAAGAAAAUAAGUCCCUUUUAUGGACGAUAUUGAAACAGGUGCGACCUGGUAUGGAUUUAUCAAAAGUUGUUCUUCCUACAUUCAUUCUAGAGCCACGAUCAUUCUUAGAUAAGCUAUCUGAUUACUAUUAUCAUUCAGAUAUACUUUCAAAUGCUGUUUUAGAAGAUGAUCCCUUCACCAGAAUGAAGCUUGUAACAAAAUUUUAUCUCUCUGGCUUUUAUAAAAAACCUAAAGGAUUAAAAAAACCUUAUAACCCUAUUCUUGGUGAAGUUUUUCGUUGUUAUUGGCAGCAUCAAGAUUCCUCUACCAGAACAUUUUAUGUUGCUGAACAGGUUUCUCAUCACCCACCUGUGUCUGCUUUUUAUGUUAGCAAUCGCCGUGAUGGCUUUUGUAUACAAGGAAGUAUAUUAGCAAAAUCUAAGUUUUAUGGGAAUUCUAUAUCUGCAAUAAUGGAUGGCACUGCUCAUUUGACUCUUUUAACCAGAGGAGAGAAUUAUACUAUCACAAUGCCUUAUGCUCAUUGUAAGGGCAUCUUAAUGGGUACAUUGUCUUUAGAACUUGGUGGGAAAAUUGAUAUCUGCUGUGAAAAAACUGGUUACCAUACAGAAUUAGAAUUCAAAUUAAAGCCAUUCCUUGGAGGUUCAGAACUUUCUAAUCUAGUCAGUGGAAAAAUAAAAUUAGGGAAAGAUACAUUAGCUACUUUGGAAGGCCAUUGGGAUGGAGAAAUUUAUAUUCGAGAUCGCCGAACAGGAGAAGAGACUUUAUUUUGGAAUCCAAACAGUGAUGUGAGAGCAAAUAGGUUAAAACGACAUACUGUUCCAAUUGAGUAUCAAGAUGAAUUCGAAUCUGAGAGAUUGUGGCAGCAUGUUUCAUGUGCCAUUUUGAAAGGAGAUCAAGUUGCUGCUACAGAAGAAAAAACAUUAUUGGAAGAAGCACAGCGCAAAUCUGCAAAAGAACGGCAAGUUAAACUUGAAAAAUGGAAUCCUAAGCAUUUUGUUCAAGACAUUGUUACAGGUGAAUGGGUUUACAAAUAUGCUGACUCUAGGCCUUGGGAUCCAAGAACUGAUGUUCUUCAGUAUGAAUGUGAUUUCAGAAUUCAAACUCUCACAAGGCAUAAACCACCUACUGUUCGUACUGGAAGCAUCAUAAGUGUUGAGGACACCCCAAAAGUAGAACUCAUCCGUCAUCUAUCAGUAGAUCAUGUUCUGCCAAGGCCAGCCGUCUGCUUAUUGCCCAAGGGCCGACAUGCCAAAAGUAUUGUUUCACAUGGAAGUGGAAGCUCAUCUGCUAAUGGAGAAGCAUUUCAUGGCAGCGAUUCUUCAGAAAGUGAUGGUCCUCGAAAGAACUUUCAUUCUGCUAAAUGUGGCACUACUCUGUCCAUUUUACAACAAUCUCUACAAACACUGGAGCAGCUGCAACAAGAAAGCAACCAAUCUUUGAGAUGCAUUCAAGGCCAUAUUGAAGCUAUAAUGGCUCAACAACGGAGGAUUCAGACACAGCUAACUCAGAGACGGGAUUAUACAUUUGUUAUAGCCUUUUUUAUUGUACAAAUUUUCCUUCACUGGCUGCUAUGACCAGAUAACUGCCAUUGAAUUGAAAAAUUUAGUAAAGAGUGCCUAUUUACAAUAAACUGAGUUUUGAAAAUGUUAAA